UCUAGGCUAUACCUGGGAACUACAAUUACCAGAAUACCACAGUAAGAGGAGAGCUGUUCUGAUUAAACAAAGUGUAAAUGAUACAAAUUAGCUGAGAAGAUGAAACGUAAAGUAGCAAAAGUAGGGACACUGAAGCUUAGUCCGAACGAGGAAGCUUUAUUGUUGAAACAGGAACGUGAGAGAAGACGGAAACUACGUCUGCAACAGGUCAGAGAGCAGGAAAAGGCUAUAGCGCAGCAAAUCCGUAAUGAUGUGAAAGAUAGGCGGGAACACCAACUCCAGCAGUUGGCAGAAGAGCUACAAAUGCAGUGGCAGGCAGCCCAGGUGGAAAAGCUCAGAGCUUUGGAAAAGGCCUAUCUGUCAAGUCUGAAUGCUAUUGGCGAGGGACACCGUCAAGCUAAGGAGAAUGAGCCAGAUUUACAGGCCAUUCAAAGACAAAUGGCUGAAAACAAAGAAAAAGCAGAUGUGAGGCACAGAGAGGCUCUUAAAGAAUUAAAGCAACACAAAGAAAAGCACCUGAAGGCGCAGACAUGGCAGAUUAAAGCUCGUAAGAAAGCACUUACUAUCGAAAAGGAGCGUGCUGCAAAAAUCGCAAGCCUUCCUCCGCCACCGCCUGAUCCACUUGAGAACAUUGAAAUUGUGAAAAGACUUCCAGCUGUGAGAUUAUCUACUGUAGACAACUUCUCUGUAUCACAUUACCACCUUCUUGAACCCCAUGUGGACCGGGAGAUGGAUAUUGAGCAGCCAGAUGCCAGGGUCGCUGCUGAAGAGGAAGCUAAACGUUUAGAUGCUUUACAAAAUGAGGAGGAGAGAGAAAGGCGAGAGCAGGCGGAGAAGGCAAACCUCCGUGGGAUCCAUGCCUUGAAAAUGGUUCAUUUAACUCAGGACCGGGAGAAACUGCUGAAAGAACUAGAACAAAUGCAACAAGAUGAUUUGUCCCGGAGGAGACAGAUUGUGGCACAGGUGCCUCGACAGUUAUUCGAACCGGCUUACAGGCGAGUUGAGAUCAAAGAGGACUGGCAGAGAGAGCUUGAGUCGGCUUUUGAAGACAUGUACAAUGGAGACAGACAGGUAAAAGGCGACAUGGUUCUUCAACUGAAGCCUCAGCCUCUGCCCUCUAAUGAAAGUGUGGAUGAAGACUUGGAUCUUUCCGUGGAACCUGAACAUUUGUCUGAAAUGUUGCGCCCUCAAGAAGGCGCAGAGGAGGAAAGUAGUUUGGAUGAGCCCCAAGCUGUUCAGGAGAAAGUAACAAUUGAGCCGCCAUCAAGGCUUGUGUUAAAGAAACUGCUAAAUAAAAUAAGGACCCAGAAGGAUCAGUGGUCUGCAAAGAGUGAUUCAGAGACUUACACUGACACACUGGAAUCUGGAUCCCUGUCCAGUGAAGAGAGAAAGUUGGAUGUGAAACCAAGUACUGAGGAUGCGACCGAAAACCAGACAUUGGCGGCAGAGUCCCAAGACAAGAUGGAUAACACUGUUCUUGCUGGGAAUUCCAUUCUUCUCCAUCCACAGGAACAAGCAAUGAGAAUCAGAAUAACAGCAGAUAGGCAGAAAAAGUUGGAAACCAUAGAGCAGCAAAAACAGGAACAGUUGGAUUUGAUAAAGAAACUAGAAGAGCAAAGAAUAAUCUUAGAAGCAGAAUUAUUAAAGGUUCAACAUGAAGUGCUUGAAUCAAAGUGGCAAGAAACCGGAGGCCAAAUUGAUUCACAUUUGGAGGGGGGAAAUGCUGAACCUACUGAAGUUCAACUUGCUGUAUUGGAGCAAAAGGUGUUAGGUGCACCAGUUUCAGAUUUAAAUUGCUCUGAAGACAGUCCACAUAUUCAGAUUAUUCGGGAGUAUCAGCAACGGCUUAUACAGCAAAAUAGGCAGCACCAGCAGUCGGUAGAAGAAGCUAGAAAACGUUUACAGGAAUAUCAGUUGUUAUUGAAGAAACGAUAUUCAAACUUAUCUUCAGCCCCUAAUAAAACUGCAGCAGAGAUUCAAAAUCAUAGGGACCAAAAACCAAGUACUGAGUCCCAUCCAUCAUCUGAAGAGACUCUCCCAAUGCACAAAUAUCCAUUGGAGAUUAGUUCUACAGGCUUCAAUAUCAGAUUAUCACAGCCCAGAGAGAAACUAUCUGAUAAAAUUUUGGAGAAAGUAUCCAGGGAAGUGAUUUUACCAGGUGCAGAGCAUUGCCCACCUUUAACUUUCACCCAAGUUAAUGUAUUUGAACAGCCUGAUAGUAGGACUCAAUCUGUUGUUCCUCAAGAGCAGUCCAUUUUAAUGUCAUCACCAUUAAAAAAUGUUAUGUUGCCAGAACAAAAGCUUCCCAAGCAAGAAAGCCAUGUGACUGUCAAUAAGCCAUUUGGGCAGACUGGGUGGCAAAAGGGUUUCCAUGACAAUGAAGAAAGAAACUUACAGUUGCAAACCUCUAGUAUAGGAAAAGGACCUGUUCCUGAAGAGAUGAUGGUAAAGCUACCAAACACUUUUUCAUCCCCAGAUGAACAGUCCUCCAUAUAUAGUGAAGAGAAAUCUAUUUCAGAGAUUUACCAUCCACUUCCUUCAGAUUUGUCUUUAGGUUGUCCACAAGGUGAUUCACUGUUUGUCUCUAAGCCCCAUGAGAUCCUGGCAGAUCAGGAACUGCAUGCAAAGCAAAAUUUAUCUUCGCCCCUUGGAGAGAUUUCAAAUGUCCGGGAAUUCCGUGAGAAAUUACUUUCCUCUACUGCAGAGAUUCAAGUCCAACAGGAUCAUUUGAGGGACAUGCAGCUGCAUUUGGAUAAGCAAAGGGAAUCUCUACAGUCAAAGCAGAAAAUUCAGGAAGUAUUACUAAUACGCAGACAGAAAGACCUGGAGGAACAAAUGAGGAAUCAUCAAGAGACAUUAGAGAAAUUUCUCAGCGGUAAAGAGUCCAAGCAAAGAACGCUGCCUGCAGACUUAUGCCUGGUUUCGAAGACUGAGCGUUUUGAUCUUAUGUCCUCUAUGUUGAAAGCAUUGGAACAUGGCAACCAAGAAGACGUUAGCCAGGGAAAUGUCUGCAGAUUAAGAGUUCCAGCAAGAGAGCAGCGAUUAAAACACUCAAAGCCACCUGUUACAAAAACUAAAUUGGGACCUAUGUUGGAACAACAUGAACUGAGUGCUAUUCAGGAAGUGGAAACGCCAAUGAGUGGCAGGAGGUCUACUUCAGGAAUGGUGCAACAUAAGGCAAGCAGCCCAGGCCUUAAAAACAGUGGAGAAGAAGGUGCUGGUUAUGACGUUGAAAUUAGCAGGAUAAGUGGCAGCAGUGACUCUUCUCAAAGCAAUUUUAAUCUCUCUAGAAUCUCAUACAGCAGCAGAGACCAAAGUUGUGAUGAAAAUCAAACCAGUCAUCGAAGCCUAACUUGGCGAGAGAUGCUUUCUAUGGAAUCCGCAUUACAUGACUUUAGUAAUAGAGAUCAAUCUUCAGUGCAACAUGGUCAGUCUAGUUAUUCUACAAAUACUUCAUCAGGAUCCCUUAUGAACACUUCUUUUCAGAACACAUCAGCCCGUGUAAAAUCAAGCAUGCCAAUCUGCCCACAUUCUCAGAAUUUAGAGGCUUUAUAUAACUAUUUGUCAACAACUGCUCCAUCUCCUGGCAGUUUCCUGACCCGUGCGAAGACAGACCCAAGCCUCAUUAACCAAGAACAACAUCAUGGCCAGGCUAGUUAUUCUGCAGAGACACCCAAAUUUAUUUUGAACCCUACUGUUAAGUACACCUCUUCACUUCACGUAAGACCCGGCAUGCUGUUCAGUCCACAACCUCAGAGUCCAGAUGCUUUCUGUGAUUAUUUGUCAGCAACUAUAUCAACAGGAAGUUUCCUCACCAGUGAAAAAACUGAUUCCAGUUCUGUUAAUUCAGAGUGUGUUUCUGAUCUUCAGAAAUGUAAUUACUCCAUCAUAAGGGAAGAAGCAGAUACCAACAUGAGUCCUUUAACUGCUGCUAAACUGCUUCCUCAACAAAUAAAGUAUAAUGAUUCCAAGAGUCCACAAACGGGACUGGUUCCUAAAGAACACCAGAGUCAAAUUCAACAGAUCAUCAAUAAAUACACCAAAGAUCUCAGUGAUUCUCUAGAAAGGAGUUUAAGCUUUCAUGCUCCUGUUGCUGCCAUAGACAUUUCUGCUGCAGAAGACAACAGCCUACCUGAGUCUUUUCAUCCUUUGGAAGCAAAAGUGGAUUUUGACAUUUCUAGUCCUUCCUAUGCUCAGACCAGCACAAAAAGCUCUCAGGACAGCAAAGACUUUAACCAGUUCUCCAUUAAUUCAAGCAGUCAAGAAAGGAAUUCACAGAGCAGCUCUGCUUCUUUCUCACACAAUAGUCUGCAGUCUUCUCCUGCUCUAAAUGACUUGCAAAUUGUGGAGCCAGCAACAGGAUCAAAGAAUCAGACCCCAGAUACCUCCUCAUCAUUUCAUCCUUUGAAUAUUGAGCACACUCUAAAUGAUCCAGAGUUGAGCAGUAUGAAUCAGGAAUUAUCCCAUUACCUGAUCUGUGGAUCUGUCCUUUUAAACAGGCAUACACCUAGUCCACAAAAUCAUCUUUCUUUCCCUAGAAACCUUCCUGAAUGUGAGACCAGUUCUAUCCCUCCAGUAUUUCAGGCCUCUGCAGAAAUCAUAAGGACCAAUCAAAGUUUUAAUGAAGAACUUCAUUCUUUUAAUGAACUGAUGGCUACAAAGGCAACUGUUAAUGAAUCUGUGAUAUCGGAGCACCCAAUUCAUAAUUUGUUGGAACAGAGGAAUGAGGGCACACAGUUUGCGGAAUUACCUGUUUGUCACACAGAGGUCCCAAAACAUAAUGAAAUCUUCCAUAAUCAUAAAAAAAUGCACUGUAAUUUGCCACAAGGACACAAUUCAGAUUCUGUCUAUAAAACGGGGGCAGCACUGGAAUCCAGUAAUCAAACUCUGAAAUCUGAAGUGUUUACGGAUACAUCUAACAUUGAUUCCUCUGGAAAUCAGAAGUCUCGGUCUGCUUUUACAGUUGGUUCUUCUGCUGGUUCCUUGUCAAGCUGCUUUCUUGUCUCGGUCUCUGACUCUGCUUGUGGCAUCCUGGAAGAGCCCGACCUAACGCUAGUUAGCCUUAAUGACACCAAUACCACAGGGCUGGGUUCAGAGGUAAUUGAUACUCCAGCAAGUCUGGCUGAUCACCAUGAAGAACAGAGCUCCUCAGAGGGCAGCUUUCGGGCUCUACCAGCUGAAGUAGACACAUCUGUUUCUGCUUUGCAGUGCAGUUCCCAUGUAGUAGAAGAGUUCUCUUCAUAUCUUUCUGCAGUGAUGGACCCUAAAUUUACAUCUUCUCCUGGAAACCUUCAGGAAGCAUUCCUAAAAAAGAAGAGAACAUUUAUUGAAAACUCCUCACGGAGACUUGAAGAAAUAAAAAAGAAAGACAGAAAAGCUACAACAGAUGUUAAAUUGUCAAAAAAUUACGAACAAAAUAAUCCAGUGGAUCAGUCUCUCUAUCUUGAUCUAGCUGAUCCUGGUCAGUUUAAGAAAGUGAUAGAAGUCAAGGUGUGUGCACCAGAAGACCGCAAAUUGACAGAGAUAGAGAUGCAUCAGCGUACUAUAAGAUUAUACAACCAGCUUGAUGAAGUAAGAACCAAAAAAGAGGAAAAGAUGCGACUAGAGUCUAAUGCCAGAAACCGAGACAAGGCAAAAGAGUUUAAGAAGAAAACACUGGAAAAAUUAAGAGCCAGAAACAUGAAGUGACUGCUACGAAGAAUGAACAUCAAACUACAUCUCGUGUUUGAGACCCAACUUGUUUGUUUGAUAUUAAUAGAUUUCUACCUAAUUCACUUUUGUAAAGAAAAAUCAUGUGCUAUUUUUACGCACUUUAUGAUUACAUUAUAGAAUUUAGGUCUUGGCAUCCAAGAAAUGUAUGUAUUUUUAAUAUAUUUUGUGCAAUUGGAAUACAUGUAACAUAUCGAGUUAUCUGUAACUAUUUUUAUCUUUAGAAUAUUCUGGUCAUUUGACAUUAGGGAAAUGCCUGCAUAAUUAAGUUUAAAAAGUUUUGUCCCUUUAAAGGUUUUCAGAAUUCAGUAGACUUUGUUUGGCACUCCUGGCACUUUUUUUUUUUUUUUUUUUUUUU